GCCGUAUUGUACAGCUCAAUACGGCGGCACACGCGCUAGAGCUCAGAUGCUUUAAAACGAGAUUCCGUGCAGGUCUUUUGUUUUCCUUUCAAAUCCGUGGACCUUUUUAAGGCAGAUUUGAUUUUGAAUGUGAAAAUGGACAAGUUUCUCCAGAAAGGCAAAACCUCCGGUUCCGGAGAUGCUUCCUCUAGCAAGACAACAAAGCGCAAUAGCCCGAGCAAAAAGGAUUCACAACCUGGCGCUUCGACAUCCGGAAAAUCUGAAAGCCAGUUCAGCAAAUUCUUUGCUCCAAAAAGUACGAACGCUGUCAAGAAGAGCCUCCCAUGGGUCGAUAAAUACCGACCAAAAUCUGUGGAAGAAAUAGCUUUUCAGACUGAUGUGGUAGCCGUGCUGCGGAAUGCGUUGAAAGGAAACGAGUUUCCGCAUUUCCUUUUUUAUGGCCCUCCUGGAACGGGCAAAACGUCCGCUAUCUUGGCAGUCUGUCGCGAACUCUUCGGCAUGGAGCUCAUGAAAGAGCGUAUUCUGGAGCUCAACGCAUCAGACGAGCGUGGAAUUGGUGUUGUUCGGGAGAAAGUGAAAACAUUCGCUCAGUACAGCAGUUCUCCUGUUCGUCCAGAUGGCAAGCCAUGUCCUCCAUUUAAAGUUAUUAUUCUGGACGAAGCAGAUUCCAUGACUCAGGCCGCACAAGCCGCUCUUCGUAGGAUUAUGGAAAAGGAAAGCAAAAAUACGAGAUUCUGUCUGAUUUGCAACUAUGUCAGCAAGAUUAUUGAGCCACUAGUGUCUCGUUGUGCCCGUUUUCGAUUCAAGCCACUACCGACAUCUGUGAUGAAGGAACGUUUGCAGUAUAUUGCGGCACAAGAAAACGUCAAAAUCGAAAGCAAAGCACUGGAUGCUCUGAUCGGGGCGGCAGAUGGAGACUUGAGAAGAGCUGUUACUCUUCUUCAAAGCAUAUCUCGGCUCAUGAAGGACGAACAGAUCACUAAGGAUGAUGUUUUGGAAUUAACUGGGUACAUUCCGGACGAAGAGAUUAUCACCCUAGUAGACACUUGCAAACUUGGAAACUACGACCACGUUCAAGCGUUCGUUCAGCAGUUAAUCUAUGCUGGAUAUGGAGCUGGACAGCUAUUUUCUCAACUUGAGAAGCAGAUUCUGGAAAACGACAAUCUGAGUGGCGACCAAAAGGCGUCUAUCAUUGAGCGAAUAGCCAUUGCCGAUCACCGACUGAUGGAUGGCGCCGAUGAGUUUCUGCAGAUCAUGGAUGUCGGAGGCGCUGUGAUGACGGCACUGGCGUAAUAAAAUCACAGAACGAAAAGUAACAACAACUGCGACUUUCUUUCCAGUGGAAAGCUUGGAGAUAGAUGCUUUAUCCGGAAGCAAUAUUCGUUUCGUCCACUUGCGGAAUAUCGCUUGCGUCUCUGGGUUUUGAUUCGAAAGGCAGUUGCAAUAACGUUCUUCUGCGCCACACAUUUCCACCUUUGUAUCCUGCAACGAAUUUUUCUAUUGAAAGCCGCAGUAUUUUAAUUUACGGAGCUGUUUUUUUGUACGAAUUGAUCUUUUCCGAAUUAAUAAUUACGAUAUUCUAAAGCAUUCUGAACGUGCCGCUACAAUUUACCGAUAAAAACUCCAGCCGCGGCAGUUGCCGCCA